AGUACCCCUGGCCGAGAAGUACCCCCUGGUCAGCUUGCAUCCACUUUCAUUUACUCGUUUACCCGUUUACCGUGAAGAUAUAAUACUAAUUGACAGUAUGCUUCAAAGGACACCGAGAACCUCCUGGAUCGUUGCUGGUUCUCAAGAUGGCCACGUUGGUUGCUCGCCUCUCAGCCUCAUUAUGUCUCGUGUCUCUUGUCUUAGCAUCCGUCCCAAAUCCACGCACAAUCGACUCAGAUCUAACGGUACUGACUCACAACGACCUUUACGGUAACAGCAGCCACAGACAAGCUUCAGCAAUCGUCGUCAGCAAACGUCAAUCACACUCGGCCGCGGCGUCGAGCUGUGCGGCUCUGGGAGAGAGCCUAUGGUCCAACGAGCAACAUUUGCAAGAGCUUGGGUUCUUGGAAUACCUUCGAUAUGACAGUAAGACACAAAGUCAGGAUCACUAUUGGGUGGCAGGCACUGCACACACCAAAUGUAGCGCCAUCACUGCACGAGGCCGCACCCAACAGCUGCCGUGCGAUACACCUCUGCCAGCUCUCUGUCAAAAUUCUGCGGCACUGAGCUCAUUGGAGUCAACAGACACUAGCAGUAAGUGGCAGACAGCAGUCACAACUGGCAAUGCAACGGUCAUAGGCUACCGCGAUAAACACUCGUUCCGUUUCCAAGGUAUCCAGUACGCUACUAUACCCAGCCGCUUUUCACACUCCGUCUACCUUCCACCUGCUGGCUCGAACAUCUCGGCACUCUCAUACGGUCCACAAUGCAUACAGGGAAGCUGUAGUUCAGGUACGGCAUCCUGCAGCGAAGAUUGCCUGUACUUGAACAUCUGGACGCCAGUCCUUCCCAGCGGCAAGAGCUCGAAGACUACAAAGAAGGCGGUACUCGUCUGGAUUCAUGGCGGGGGGUUUGUCAGUGGCUCUGGCAGCGACACAACGUUCGAUGGUGGAGCAAUGGCGUCUCGUGGUGAUGUGGUCCUUGUCACAAUCAACUAUCGACUCGGCAACCUUGGCUUCCUAGCACUGGAGGGUACGUCUCUGACAGGCAACUACGGGCUCAAGGACCAAAACACUGCAUUGGAAUGGCUACGUGCGCAUAUAGGUGCGUUUGGUGGCGACAAGGACAGGAUCACUGUAUUUGGCCAGAGUGCCGGCGCAGCCUCUGUGCGAGCACUGCUUGCUUCGCCAGAAGCCCGUGACAAGUUUGCAGGUGCAAUUACCCAGAGCACCCCUCAAGGCCUGAACUACGUUUCGACAUUCUCGAAGUACCUGACCAUCACGGAGGCUACCAACCGGACCAAAUCACUCCUCGACGAGACUGGAUGCGCCUCAAACAACAGUGCCACCGUCCUCACAUGUCUACAGGCCGUCGACCCCCUCAACCUCACCACCGGCACCGUGGCCUCCUACCCAGUAGUCGACAACAAGUUCCUCACGACCUCCUCCCUCCCCCUCGGCCCCACAGCACCAAAACUCAACAUCCCCCUCCUCUCAGGCAUCAUGCAUGACGACGGCUCCCCCUUCACCAGCUACCCCAGCACCGCAAACAUCACCGCCGUGCUCCUCAGUCAAAACCUCCCCUCCUUUAUCGCCAACUCCCCCCUCUUCCCCCUCCCAUCCGCACCCAACACCACAGAGUCCAUCUUCAACCUCACGUCCCGCGUCGCAACAGACGCCAUGUUCAGGUGCCUCGCGCAAUCGACCGCCGCCACCGCAGCAAAGAACUCCGUCUUCAAAAACACGUACGCAUAUGAAUUCGACCGCGCAUUCCAGCUCCUGUCCUAUAGUCCGAAUCCGCCUGCGUGCGAAGCGCCACGCACGCCGGAGCAUCCUUUUGGUGACCCCAGCUUGCCAUAUUACAAAUGCCAUUCGGGGGAGUUGUAUUAUGUUUUUGGCACGCUGGUUAGAGAGGGUGCAAGGAUUAGGGAUGAUGAUGAUAUUCGAUUCUCGCAGUACGUUCUUGACAGUUGGACGAGUUUUGCGAGGACGGGGAGCCCAACUCCAGACCCGCGUCUCUUGGAGGCGCGGGGAUUCACCAACACAUCUGCUCUUGUGAGGGCAGCGGGUACAUGGGCGCCAGUGGAGGAACGAGGAAACGGCAAAGAACUAAGGGUGCUGAAUAUUGGUGCGAGGAGUGAGGGAUGGAGAGAAGUCGAGCAGUGUGAGGCGCUAGGCUUUGGGCUGGAUUAUUACGAUGUCUGAGGUGCUCGUGUAGACCAGGUCUGUCCUCAGCGCCGCCUAGGCUAGCAUUGCAGUCUCUGCCAACUUCACGCAUAUCAUCCGUUGCAUGUUCAGGAAACUCUUGGAACGAGGGUA